AUGAAGUUGAGAACUUUGUUGAUGUUUUCACAUAUUCACAUAAGACGUUAUUCCCAAGAUUCGAGGAGAAGGGUGGCAGUAACCGGUCUCGUUGGUUAUGUUCCUAGAGGUGAUUGUGAAGGAGAAUUCAUGGCGACAAAAUAUGUUUCCACAUCAGAACAGAGAACCAUGUCAGAGGCCACAGUGUUUGCACUAGCUGCCACCGAGGAAGCCCUUAAUCAUGCCAAAUGGAAACCUACUAACAAUAAUGAUCAGAACAAAACGGGUGUAGCUGUAGGCAUGGGUAUGGUCGGUUUAAAUGAUAUUGUGGACUCUGGAAUUACGUUACGUGAUAAGGCUUAUAACAAAGUUAGUCCAUAUUUUAUCCCACGAAUACUGGUAAACAUGGCAGCUGGGCAUAUUAGUAUCAGGCAUAAGUUGAAGGGUCCAAACCAUGCCGUUUCAACCGCUUGCACUACAGGUUGCCAUGCAAUUGGAGAUGCUAUGAGAUUUAUAAGAAAUGGAGAUGCUGAUAUCAUGGUAGCUGGGGGGACUGAGGCCACAGUGAACCCCCUAGCUUUAGCAGGAUUCUGCAGAGUUAGAGCUUUAAGUACCAAGUUUAAUGAUCAUCCAGAGAAAGCUUCUAGACCUUUCCAUCCUGAGAGGGAUGGUUUUGUGUUGGCUGAAGGAGCAGCUAUAGUAAUACUAGAAGAAUACAAUCAUGCCAUUAAUAGAGGUGCUACAGUGCUUGCAGAGAUCCUUGGUUAUGGUCUCUCAGGGGAUGCAAGUCACAUGACUGCACCUCGUGAAGAUGGUGAUGGUGCAAUCCGUUGUAUGACUGCUGCAAUAAAAGACGCUAGAAUAUCGUCAAACGAUGUGACGUAUGUUAAUGCGCAUGCAACGUCUACCCCUAUAGGAGAUGCGACUGAAAACCGUGCAAUAAAAGCUGUAUUUGGUAACCAUAGUAACAACAUUGCAGUAUCAUCCACCAAAGGUGCAACUGGUCAUCUACUGGGGGCUGCUGGUGCCCUGGAAUCUGUAUUUACUAUCAUGGCUUGUCAUACGGGUAUAAUUCCACCAACUGUCAAUCUAACAGAAGUGACUGAAGAGUUUGACUUGAACUACGUACCAUGUCAGUCCCAGAAAUGGACACCGCCCUCUGGUGACAAAAGAAUUGGAAUCACAAAUAGCUUUGGAUUUGGAGGAACCAAUGCAUCUCUAUGUAUUGGGAGUGUUUGAUAUCUUCUGACAGCAUAAUAUGUGAUGGCUUAUCCAACAUCGCAUACAUAAAAGUGGAAUUUAUAUUUAUAAAUAUUAUAUAUAUCAUUGAUUUAUAAAAUGAGG